AUGUGGGGUGAAGGACGAGAAGGUAUCGGGAGAUGUGCGUAUCAGUCGGACCACAUACCGAUUCGAGCUGUUUAUUUAAUACGAAUCUUCGGGAAAAUCCGGUCGAUUUGCAGCGCUGAAGAAACACGAAGGAUUGGGUACAAAUACAGCGUGCUGUUUGCCGUGGGGCUUCCAAUGUCUCAAGAAACUCAACGAAAAUUGCUCCUAGAGAAUGAACUUUACGGUGAUAUUCUUCAGGCAGAGUAUAAUGACGUAUAUCAAAAUCUUACGCUAAAGAGACGCUCACAGUCAACCGGAACGGUCAAGCGCAUACGAAUGCUCGAAGAUGUCUUUAUCACGGGAAUUCUCAGUGAAGCGGCAAACAUAACAGUCACUCAUCUGGGGGAUAAUCGUAUCACUUCUGCUAAAAGAUAUCCGAGAAUUCACAAGAAA